AUGGACAAAGUGUACCUUGAUUACCGGGAGUCGCUGCUGAACGCUGCUCCAAGGAUGAUGGAGGAACUCGGCAUGGAGACCGGGGAGGACUUUCUGGGGAUGGGUGUCUUCAGAAAAGACGUCGGUCUGAGCAAUGAGGAGAAGCAGUAUUUGCUUUCUGUGAUUGCUUAUUUACUUUCUGUCCAGGUGGAGCGAGGUGAUGUUCCAUCCACAAGACAAUACCUGGCCCUGGCGAGAAAAACGGGAAUGAACGUCAACUGUCUAGAUCCGCUCGGACGGACGGCUCUGCUGAUCGCCAUUGAGAAUGAGAACAUUGAGAUGAUAGAGCUGCUGCUCUCUCAUGGAGUAGAGGUCGGAGAUGCCUUGCUACAUGCCAUCAAUGAAGAGAACGUCGAGGCUGUGGAGAUGUUGCUGCAUCAUGAGACUGCUACCAAAGGGGAGCAACAGCUUCUGAUGCAAGGUGUCCCUUCCAGCUCCUUCACUCCCGACAUCACUCCGAUCAUCCUGGCAGGACACCGCGACAACUAUGAAAUCAUCAAGAUUCUCUUGGACCGGGGCUACCGCAUUCCCAAACCCCACAACGCUCGCUGCAGCUGCAAAGAUUGUAUCACUGGCAGCCAAGAAGACUCCCUGAGACACUCGCGAUCACGCAUCAACGCUUACAGAGCCCUGACAAGCCCUUCGCUCAUCUGCUUAUCAAGCAAAGACCCCAUUUUGACUUCCUUUGAGCUUUGCUGCGAGCUAAAGCAGCUAAGUAAGCUGGAAAAUGAGUUUAAGGCUGACUAUGAGAAGCUGGCGGUAAAGUGCCAGGAGUUUGCUGUGGAUUUGUUGGAGCAGACGCGGGGAUCGCGGGAACUGGCUAUCAUCCUCAAUCAUGACAACACAUCCGGCGAGGAGCAGAACUCGGAUAAGGUUCGCCUGUCUAGACUCAAGCUUGCCAUAAAGUGCAAGCAAAAGAAGUUUGUGGCACACCCCAAUUGCCAGCAGCUGUUAGGGUCACUGUGGUACGAAGGUCUUCCGGGCUUCAGGAGACGUUCCGUCCUCUCCAAACUGGCUAUCAUGGCAACGAUCGGGGCUAUGUUCCCCGUGUUGUCUAUGGUAUAUCUGAUAGCGCCCAAAUGCAGCGUGGGCCAGUUCAUCACCAAGCCAUGUGUCAAGUUUAUACUUCAUUGUUCGUCGUAUCUUGUGUUUCUAUUUUUGCUUAUUCUGGUGUCUCAGCGAGUAGAGGUAAUGAAGGUUAGCAAGGAAGAGAACGUUGUUGUCACUGGAGUCAAGCAGGAACUGCGUGGAUCGCAGGCUUCUUUGGUGGAGUGGGUUAUCCUUGCCUACGUUGGAGGGCUUAUGUGGAGUGAGAUCAAGCAGUUAUGGGAUGAGGGCGCUGUUGAAUAUAUUCAUGAUAUGUGGAACAUUCUUGAUUUUUUCACCAACUCUUUGUAUAUAGCGACAUUCACCCUUCGCCUUCUUGCUUAUUUGCAGGUGAAAGACGAACGGGAACGACACAAUCCCCUAGCCAGCGUAGACAGAGAGCACUGGCCGCCCUAUGACCCCAACCUCAUCGCCGAAGCUCUAUUCGCAGCAGCCAACAUCUUCAGUUCCUUAAAACUUGUCAAUAUCUUUACCGUCAGUCCCUACCUGGGACCGCUGCAAAUCUCUUUGGGUAGGAUGAUCAUGGACAUUGUCAAGUUCGGCUGUGUGUUUCUGCUCGUCCUCAUCUCCUUCGCCUGUGGGCUGAACCACCUCUACUGGUACUAUGCAAAUAAACACGCCAGUGAGUGCGCUAAAUUUAAAAUCCCGACGUCCUGUGACCGGAAGUACCGGAGUUUCGCCAACCUCUUCGAGAUUGUCCAGUCCCUGUACUGGGCAAUUUACGGUCUCGUCGAUCUGGAUCACGCGGAGCUGCAGCCUCGGUUUGAGCACGAGUUCACGGAGUUCAUCGGCAAGCUGAUGUUUGGAGUGUACAGCUGGAUCGCCCUGAUCGUCCUGCUGAACAUGUUGAUUGCUAUGAUGAGCAACUCCUACCAGCUGAUCUAC